CGAUGGUAUAGUAGACUGAUUUUUAGACUUAACUGUCGUAGGCAGAAAUUAGUGUUUGGAAGAGAAUUGGACAUUAUCAUUUGUUUCUUUUGUAUUCCACUAUAAUAAUUAUUUAAUCAUUGAUACUCCCAACUUUUAUUAUACUUAUAGAGUUGGUUACGCUUACAUAAAACUUGGGUUGUUGUUAGCAACUUAGCCAAGACGCUAUAGCUAGCCGUAGUUUCACUUUAUUAUCAGCUCAAACUGGGAUUCUGCUCAGCCACAUCACUAAAUUAGACAUUAGGCUAAUUAUCUGUUAUCAUCUAAACAUCAUCAUGCCUAAAGGAGGAAAGAAGGGUGGACAUAAGGGUCGGAUGAGAACGUACACGAGUCCUGAAGAGAUAGAUGCUCAGAUGAAGGCUGAAAAAGAACGAAAGAAGACUGAAGAAGGGGACGAAGGAGCAGCAGUGAAUGAUAUUCAUAAGGAUGACAAAUUUGCAGGAUCAGGUUCAGAGGACAGUGACGAUGAAAGCGCUCGAAGACGAAAAGGUGUGGAGGGAUUAAUAGAAAUUGAAAACCCUAAUCGUGUUGCUCAGAAAACUAAGAAAGUAGCAGACAUAGAGCUUGAGGGACCCAAACAGCUUUCUAGAAGAGAGAGAGAGGAGAUAGAAAAGCAAAAGGCCAAAGAAAGAUACAUGAAGAUGCAUUUAGCAGGAAAGACAGAUCAAGCCAAAGCAGACUUAGCCCGGCUUGCAAUCAUUCGAAAGCAACGUGAAGAAGCUGCGAGGAAAAAAGAAGAGGAAAGGAAAGCGAAAGAAGCAGCACAGGCGGCACAGGCAGCAGCAAAAGGACUUCAUACACUGUCCCUGAAAUGAUAGUAAUAAUAAAAUCAGAAAAGUUUUAAAGAA